UCGCCUCUCCUGGUUGCUGGAAGUUAGGGUUGACUCGCCCCAGAUCGAGUAGCCCGCAGCUGGCUCCCCCCAGAGAACAGGUUUCCGGCACCUCCCAGGGAUCAUGCAUCAGUCCUUCUGACCCAGGAGUAGGGGCCUGUGGGGGCAUCUGGAAUGGGCUGUGUGUUCUGCAAGAAGUUGGAGCCUGCAUCCAAGGAGGAUGUGGGCCUGGAAGGGGACUUCCGGAGCCAAGCGGCUGAAGAACGCUAUUACCCAGACCCCACUCAAGGCCGGUCUUCGUCCGUCUUUCCUCAGCCCACCAGCCCUGCUUUCCUUAACACUGGCAACAUGAGAAGCAUCUCAGGGACCGGAGUGACCAUAUUUGUCGCCCUGUAUGACUAUGAGGCCAGGACAGGGGAUGACCUCACCUUCACCAAAGGCGAGAAGUUCCACAUCCUGAACAAUACGGAGUAUGACUGGUGGGAAGCUCGUUCCCUGAGCUCCGGACACACGGGCUAUGUUCCCAGCAACUACGUUGCUCCUGUGGAUUCCAUCCAGGCUGAAGAGUGGUACUUUGGGAAGAUCAGUAGAAAGGAUGCAGAGAGGCAGCUUCUCUCAUCUGGUAACCCCCAGGGGGCCUUUCUCAUUCGGGAAAGCGAGACCACCAAAGGUGCCUACUCCCUGUCCAUCCGUGACUGGGACCAGAACAGAGGCGAUCACAUAAAGCAUUAUAAGAUCCGAAAGCUGGACAUGGGCGGCUACUACAUCACCACACGGGCCCAGUUUGACUCUAUACAGGACCUGGUGCGGCACUACAUGGAAGUGAAUGAUGGUCUGUGCUACUUGCUUACGGCGCCUUGUACCACCAUGAAGCCCCAGACUCUAGGCCUGGCCAAGGAUGCCUGGGAGAUCGACCGUAGCUCCAUAACCCUGGAACGCAGGCUGGGCACCGGCUGCUUUGGAGAUGUGUGGCUGGGCACGUGGAACUGCAGCACAAAGGUGGCAGUGAAGACGCUGAAGCCGGGCACCAUGUCCCCGAAGGCAUUCCUGGAGGAGGCACAGAUCAUGAAGCUGCUGAGGCACGACAAGCUGGUGCAGCUGUAUGCGGUGGUGUCGGAGGAACCCAUUUAUAUUGUGACAGAGUUCAUGUGCUAUGGUAGCUUGCUGGAUUUCCUAAAGGAUCGAGAGGGUCAGAACUUGAUGCUGCCCCAUCUAGUGGACAUGGCUGCCCAGGUAGCGGAGGGCAUGGCCUACAUGGAACGCAUGAACUAUAUCCACCGAGACCUGAGGGCAGCCAACAUCCUGGUGGGGGAAUAUCUAACAUGCAAGAUUGCUGACUUUGGGCUGGCACGCCUCAUAGAAGACAAUGAGUAUAAUCCCCAACAAGGAACAAAGUUCCCCAUCAAGUGGACAGCCCCAGAGGCUGCCCUCUUUGGCAGAUUCACUGUCAAAUCAGAUGUGUGGUCCUUUGGGGUUCUGCUCUCUGAACUGAUCACCAAGGGCAGAGUUCCUUACCCAGGUAUGAACAACCGUGAAGUGUUGGAACAGGUAGAGCAUGGCUACCACAUGCCAUGCCCUCCAGGAUGCCCCGCAUCCCUGUAUGAGGUCAUGGAGCAGACCUGGCGCCUGGAUCCAGAGGAGAGGCCCACCUUUGAGUACCUGCAGUGUUUCCUGGAAGACUAUUUCACCUCCACAGAACCACAGUACCAGCCUGGAGACAUAGCCUGACUGGGCAUCAGUGACCCUCUGGGAGUACAUACUUGCUCUUGCCAAUCCCCCAGGGCACUCUGGUCCCAGGGCCCGAGACUUGGAACCCUGUGGAAUCCUAGCACAGGAUCAGAGAAGGUCCGACGCUCUGAAGCCAUUUUACAGAGACUAGAAACUCAUCUCUUACCUCCUCUGACCCCCAGUGUUCUUUCUUCCCUUCCCACCCAUGCCCCAUCCAGAAAUCUGGGGCAUCCCACUCAUUUCACAGAUGAAGUAAGUAGAUGCUCAGAGCUCCU